AUGAAAGAUCUCUCCAAACGAGUGGCAGAGACCAAGCAGCCCUCAGCCGUGUCACUCUUUAACAAAACCCGACGGAUUGCCCGGUCUGGCAAAGGAUACCUGCCGGCGCAGCUACAGCAGCCUCUCGAGGACAAGCUGGGGCUGUCGGAUGACGACGCCGACAAGUUCGUCACUCGGGAUCCCCUGCUGCUGGAUGAGGCGACAUUAGCGCGGCGCAAGGUCAAGGCACGCCGUCUUUUGGGCAAAGCAGCGACAGAUGCGGACCUGUCGUCGUCCGUCCUGGUCGGAGAGCCCCUAGAAGCAGAACUGGAACGGCUGUAG